UAUUCUUUAUUCUCAUAUUAUAACAAAACUGUUUUUUCUGUUGUUUCUAUUUCAUUGUCCUGAUCAUUACUUAUUAUUGUUAUAGUGACAGAUUUAUUCGCAUUCUGGGAUGGAAGGACACAUGAAUAAACGAAGACGUGUUUAUUCUGUGGAACCAAGGAAGAUAAGGCAAGCAAGUUUUGCAAGAAAAUAUGUGAAUUACUUGGUCCCUGCUCUAACAAAGAUCAGCAAAGAAAUAUCCUCUUCCGACCAAUGUAUUGAUCAUGAAAUAGAGAAGAUUGUGAGGUAUGAAGUAGACAUGGCAUUGGCUUUAUCUGCUGAAGGGUUUGCUUGGAGUCAUGCCUUGAAAAACCAGCUUCAACUAAACGUUAAUAAUGUAGGUAGAUUCCAAAGUUCUUUAACUCAUGAUCAGCUGCUUGCCUCCUUCAAAAUUUCUUCAUCAAGUACUUGUAGUCCAAACCGUGCAGAAAAUGAGGUUGAUGAUAACCAAAAUGCAAUGCUGUUAAAGAAGAUCUCAUCCAAUUCCAUUUCCAACCUUAACCAUGAAUGUGCCACUAAGAAAUCGAAAAGGGCUAAAAGAGCAGAAAUGGAGAUGGGAACUGCGACAGAAGAAGGAAUGGAAAGUGAAGAGGAGGAGGAGAGCAAAAGGCGGUUGACAUAUGUAAAGAAUCUUUUACCAGGAGGGAAUGAGCUGAUGGAUGAUGAUGAAAUCUUGUUAAUUGAAUUGGGAAGUUAUAUUUCAUGUCUUGAGUUGCAGGUGAAUAUUCUUAGAUCUAUGUGUUGUGUCUGUUCUGUUUUGAUAUGGUUUACUCUGGAAUUACAAGUCAUUGACAUAAUAUUAGCUAAAUGCCAGCUAUAUGAUCAAGUUCUGGACAGAAAGAUAAUGUCAAGUGAUAAAACGCUAGUCAUAAAAUGCCAUCCUGAAGUCCUUCCAGAAACCUAA